AUGGAAGUUGAUGACUCGGAAGGUGAGGAAUUGAGUUACUAUAUUGAUAAGUGCCAAUUGACCAAUCAUCCCAAAAGUCCGAAAUCUGUGCUAAAUUGUUUAAUUGGAUCAGCUGCCAACUUUGUUUUGGAUUUUUAUUGGUUUCGCUCUAUUGUUUCUCCUAUAGACGAAGAUUUUAUGAAUCCACCCCAACACAGAGGAAACGAGUCGCUUUCUCCGCGCCGAGUUAUUCCGAUUGAGGUUGUUGAACGCGACUACGAGGCUCAUGUGAGGCGUCAUUCUGUUUCCCCCUCUCGAAAAAGCUAG